UGAAUAAACCGUACUAUCAUGUGCUGUCGCUUUUGAGUAUGUAGUGCCUGCUAGUUGAAUAACUAUCAAGAAGCGUACGGAUUUUUUUUUAAACACAUGUUAUUCUGGCCAUUUGAAAGUAAACACGGUGCCAAAAUGUUUACUCAGAGAUAGCUGACGGCUGUCUCUUUUCCACCCCACCGUCGGGCUGCAUGUGUGGAGCUUAGCAGCCAGCCAAGAUGGAUACCGCAGAAGAAGCGGACAUUUGUCGAGUGUGUCGCUCGGAGGGCACCCAGGAAAAGCCUCUCUACCACCCUUGUGUUUGCACUGGCAGCAUUAAGUUUAUCCACCAGGAAUGCCUACUGCAGUGGCUGAAACACAGUCGGAAAGAAUACUGUGAAUUAUGCAAACACAGGUUUGCAUUUACACCAAUCUAUUCUCCAGACAUGCCGUCCCGUCUACCUGUCCAAGACAUCUUUUCAGGGCUGGUCACCAGUAUCGGGACGGCCAUCAGAUACUGGUGCCACUACACUCUGGUGGCCUUUGCCUGGCUAGGUGUUGUGCCUCUCACCGCAUGUCGCAUCUACAAGUGUUUGUUUACCGGCUCCGUGAGCUCUCUUCUUACCCUGCCAUUAGAUAUGCUUUCCACGCAGAACCUGCUUGCCGACUGCCUCCAGGGCUGUUUCGUGGUCACCUGCACGCUGUGUGCCUUUAUCAGCCUGGUGUGGCUCAGAGAGCAGAUUGUCCACGGUGGAGCCCCACAGUGGCUGGAGCCGAAUCAACCCCCUCUGGUUCCAAACCAGCCCAACCGUCCCGCACAAGCUAACGAGAAUCCGGCUGAUAACGGCGCAGCAGCCGAUGUCCCGGCUGCCGCAGAUGAGGCAGGGCGCCCCGGAGAGCACGGCCCCGACGAGCCGGACCGGGCCAAUCAGCAGGAAGCCGGCGACGAAGCGGAACUGGACAACAUCGAUGGAGAGGACGAGGAUGAAGACGGGGAAGAAGAUGAAGAGGAAGACGAGGAAGAGGGGAGGGAGGAGGACGCCGCUGAUGCCAACAAUCCAGGGCAUGAUUUGAACUGGAACGCCCUGGAAUGGGACCGAGCAGCAGAGGAGCUGACCUGGGAAAGAAUGCUUGGACUAGAUGGUUCCCUUGUUUUCUUGGAACACGUCUUCUGGGUGGUGUCUCUCAACACACUCUUCAUCUUGGUGUUUGCUUUCUGCCCGUACCACAUUGGCCAUUUUUCAGUUGUCGGGCUGGGCUUUGAAGACUAUGUCAAGGCCUCACAUUUCGACGGCCUCAUCACCACAGUAGUGGGGUACAUCCUCCUGGCUGUUGCUCUCGUAGUCUGCCAUGCUUUGGCUUCCCUCUUCAAGCUCCAGCGGCCCAGGCGCCUGCUGGGUGUCUGCUACAUUGUUGUCAAGGUUUCCCUUCUGGUUGUCAUGGAGAUCGGCUUGUUCCCUCUCAUUUGCGGCUGGUGGCUCGACGUUUGUUCGCUGGAAAUGUUCGAUGCGACGCUGAAGGACAGAGAGCAGAGUUUCGACUCCGCUCCAGGUACAACAAUGUUCCUCCACUGGCUGGUCGGCAUGGUGUACGUCUUUUACUUCGCUUCCUUCAUCCUUCUGCUCAGAGAGGUUCUUCGCCCAGGUGUGCUGUGGUUCCUGCGGAACCUGAACGACCCGGACUUCAACCCAGUGCAGGAGAUGAUUCACCUCCCAAUCUACAGACACCUCCGGAGAUUCACACUCUCAGUGGUUGUGUUCGGCUCAAUCGUCCUGCUGAUGCUGUGGCUCCCAAUCAGGAUCAUUAAGCUGCUCUCCCCAGCCUUCCUUCCCUACAACGUCAUGCUGUACAGGUGCGGCAAAUUCAGUCUGAGCCUCAUUUGGCGGUCCACGCAUAGUGAUGCGCCGGUCAGCGAGCUGUCGCUGGAGCUGCUGCUGCUUCAGGUGGUCCUGCCCGCCUUACUGGAGCAGGGUCACACCCGGCAGUGGCUCAAACGUCUCGUCCACGCCUGGACCUUCACGGCUGGAUAUGUGCUUGACCUUCACUCGUACCUCCUGGGGGACCACGAAGACUACGCCAACCAACCAAACAACGCGCCCAAUCAAUUGAACAACAACCGCAACCUGAGGCUCGGGGAGGGCCUUCACGCCGCCCACCAAGCCAUCCUGCAGCAGGUCGGUCCUCUGGCGUUCCAGCCCUACCACCGACCCCCCAACUUCCUCCUCAAGAUCGUUCUGCUGGUGGUCUUCAUGUGUGUCACUCUUUUACUCGCGAGUCUAAUCUGUCUUACACUCCCAGUGUUCGUGGGUCGCUGGCUCAUGUCUCUGUGGAUGGGCAGCGCAGUGGUCCAUGAGCUGUACACGACAGCCAGCGGCCUGUACGUCUGCUGGGUGUCCGUCCGGGCCGCCACCGUGCUGCUGUCCUGGAUGCCGCAGGGCAGGACGGUCAUCAUGGUCAAAGUUCAAGAGUGGACGCUCAUGAUCUUUAAGACGGUGGUGGUAGCCGUGAUGUUAGCCGGGGUCAUCCCUCUGCUGCUGGGCCUGCUGUUUGACCUGGUCGUCGUUGCUCCUCUCAGAGUCCCAAUGGACCAGACGCCUCUCUUCUACCCUUGGCAGGACUGGGCCCUGGGAGUCCUUCAUGCAAAAAUCAUCGCUGCCAUAACACUGAUGGGCCCCCAGUGGCGGCUCAAAGCGGUCAUAGAGCAGGUGUACGCCAACGGCAUCAGAAACAUCGACCUUCACUUCAUCGUGCGGCGGUUGGCCGCCCCCAUCAUUUGCCUCCUGCUGCUGUUGCUCUGUGUUCCCUACAUCAUCUCUAAGGGCCUCACACCGCUGCUGGGAGUGCAGCCGAAGAUGCAGAUACUAGUGGAGAGGAAGAUCUACCCGUUUCUGCUGAUGGUGGUCAUACUGCUGGCCUUUCUGUCCUUUCAGAUUCGCCAGUUCAAGAGACUUUACGAACACAUCAAAAACGACAAAUACCUGGUAGGACAGCGACUGGUGAACUACGAGCGGAAGACGGGCCGGAGCUCCUCCACCCCUCACCCCGCCUCCUCAUAAGUCUGACACUGCGGCAGCUCCUCACCUCCCGUCUUCAAACACUGCAUAUAAAACCUCUGACUGCA